AGCCAUUGCACUUACGCCCACACAAACACACACUCAUAGAAAUAGACAUUCCCACAUUAAACAUACCAUUUCCUUCCCCGACACCCAAUUUUUUUUCCCUUUUCUUUCUUGGUUGAUUCCACACAAUUUGACAAAUUGAGCUUUUUGGCUUCUGUCUGUACUCUCAAUUGUACCUCCAUAACAAACACAAUCAUCAUCCUCAACAACAACAACACCAACAUUACCUCUUUCUUUCAUUAUGUGUCAAUUUGAUUCUCAAUCUGACCUCCUUCCACCGUCGUCGCCGCCCUCGUCGUCGUCGUUUCAAGUCAACCUCUUUCUAGACCUCUUAUCAUCUUUUGAAGACCCAAAACUCCGUCAUAAAAACUCCCCACUUAUCCUCCGUUCGUCCGUCAUUGAAAUCAUCACCGAAGCUAAAUCUCUCUUCUCUCUCGCUUUCCCCAUUGUUCUUACUGCCCUCAUUCUCUACUCUCGCUCCAUUAUCUCCAUGCUUUUUUUAGGCCACUUGGGUGAUUUAGAACUAGCCGCUGGCUCUUUAGCCAUCGCUUUUGCUAACAUCACUGGUUACUCUGUUUUAUCAGGCCUUGCUUUAGGAAUGGAGCCACUCUGUUCUCAAGCCUUCGGUGCCCACCGUCCGAAACUCCUCUGUUUAACUCUUCACCGUUCUGUAAUUUUCCUUCUCGUUUCUUCAUUACCCAUUUCGAUUCUUUGGUUAAACAUCUCCAAAAUCCUCUUAUUCCUUCACCAAGAUCCCGCCAUCACUAAAUUAGCUCAUACUUAUUUAAUCUUCUCCCUCCCUGAUUUGCUCUGUAAUUCCUUCAUUCACCCAAUUCGGAUUUACCUUCGAGCUCAAGGAAUUACUCAUCCUCUCACUUUGGCUUCUCUCGCUGGUACCAUUUUCCAUUUGCCCAUUAAUCUCCUCCUCGUUUCCCACUUCCGUUUUGGCAUCGCCGGCGUCGCUGCUGCCUCCGCCGCCACGAAUUUCGUUGUUCUGUUUUUCUUGAUCUUGUACAUAAUGGCCUCUGGCAUCUUCGUCCCCACAUGGACCCCACCCACACGCGAGUGCCUGACCGGAUGGACCCCACUUCUGAAACUCGCUGCUCCGAGUUGCGUUUCGGUUUGUUUGGAAUGGUGGUGGUACGAGAUCAUGAUCAUCCUCUGUGGACUUUUAGCGAACCCCAAAGCAACCGUCGCUUCCAUGGGUGUUUUGAUUCAAACGACGUCGUUGAUUUAUAUCUUCCCUUCUUCCCUCGGGUUCGCUGUUUCAACUCGGGUCGGUAACGAACUCGGAGCGAAUCGUCCCGGAAAAGCGAAAUUAUCCGCCGUGGUUGCAGUUUUUGUAGCUGUAAUCAUGGGGUUAUCCGCCACUACAUUCGCCGUCUCAAUGCGAAACAUAUGGGCUCGGAUUUUCACUAACGAUCUCGAAAUCCUCCGUCUCACAUCCACGGCGUUACCCAUUUUGGGUCUCUGCGAGAUCGGAAACUGUCCACAGACGGUAGGGUGCGGCGUUUUGAGAGGGAGUGCGCGGCCAUCGACGGCGGCGCGUAUAAAUUUAAGCGCAUUUUAUGUAGUGGGGAUGCCUGUGGCGGUUGGGCUUGGGCUUUUUUUAGGAGUCGGGUUUUCGGGUUUGUGGUUGGGCCUGUUGUCGGCCCAAGUGAGUUGUGCUGGGUUGAUGUUGUAUGUAAUUGGAAGUACCGAUUGGGAUUUACAAGCAGAGAGGUCAAAGGAGUUAACAUCUGACGUCGUUUUGGAUAACGAAGACGUCGAAGAAAGUCUUCCUCUCACUUCUAUAAUUGUCGUCGCGGAAAACCCUAAACCCUAAAUUCAAUUUUUUCGAAAAAGAAAAAAAAAUUAUUUCUCACUCUUCUUCUCGAGUUUGGUUUCAUGAUAUUAAUCAUUUAAAUUUUAUUUUGUUAUUAUUCCAUUGCGUGUCAUAAAUCCCAUAUCAUACAUAAUUGUAUCUAUACCCCAAUUAAUUAA